AUGUCCUCAACGGUUUUGAAUGAGGAACGAAUGAAAGCGUACUCUACAGCAGCAAAGGAUACGUUCGUACGUCUAAAAAAGCUUUUGGAUGCAAAACAGCAGGAGUUACUAGAGUACGAUAGCAUAAUCCAUAAGCUAGAGGAACUUCCUCGUAAACGAACACAAUCCAUUAUGUGUCCCAUUGGUUCAGUUGGUUUCCUCCCUGCCAGUAUCGUCCAUACCAACGAAGUUCUUGUUGGAUUAGGGGAUGGUUACUUUGUCGACACGACAUGUUAUGAUGCCGUGCAGAUUUUGAAAAGGCGUAGGAAAGUGGUAAAAAAGGGGAUUGCCGAUUUGCAUGAGCAUGAGAAUUUGCUCAGAAACUAUUCAAACUAUGCGAGGAAACUUUUUGAUCAUCAAGGGAACCCCGAUGAAGUAGAAAUUCGCGAAGAAUAUGAUGAGGUGAAAGAAGCUGAACUUAGAAGUAAGGUUUAA